UUGUUAAAUUUUCCAUUUGUUACAAUAUUUAUACUUAUUAUGUUUUCUAGUAGAAUUUUUUCCUUGUGUUCUACGCAUUGAUUCGGGGCUUGACUCGGUUUGGAAGUAAAUUUAAUAAGCUUUAUUCCAAUAAUAGUGCAGAAAGGAUUAAGUGAAGAGGUUGAAUCUGCAAUUAAGUAUUUCUUGGUUCAAGCAGUAGCUUCAGCUUUACUGCUUUUAUUAGCUUCUAUAGUAUUUUGAGAGCAAGGAGAUUGAUCUAUAGUAAGAAGGAAAAUUUUUAGUAGAAGUUUUAUUAUAAUAAGUCUUCUAUUAAAAAUGGGGAUAGCACCUUUUCACUUUUGACUUCCAGGAGUAAUCAGCGGUUUGUCUUGGGUAUCUAAUUCUUUAUUAAUAACUUGACAGAAAGUUGCUCCUUUAUUUCUCAUUUGUUUUUUUUUCUAUAUCUCGUCUAUCCAAGCAAUUAUAAUGGUAUUAAUAUCAAGAUUCUUUGGAGGGGUUGGUGGACUUAAUCAAACUUCUAUUCGAGGAUUAUUAGCCUAUUCUUCAAUUCUUCAUAAUGGUUGAAUGAUCUCUGCAUCUUUAAUCAGAGUAGAAAUAUCUUUUAUUUACCUUUUUCUGUAUUCUUUAAUCUUAUUUUCCGCACUAAGUUUAUUUUUAACAGAGGAAGUUAAAAAUAGUCAACAAUUUUUAAGUAUUUUUAUAUGAAGAAAAUUCUCACGAGCGUGCUUUUGCGUAACUAUUAUUUCACUUGGGGGGAUACCCCCUUUAUUAGGAUUUUUUUCUAAGUGAUUGGUUCUUAGGAAGCUAAUUGUUAUAAAUAUUCUUUUUUUGCCUUUUAUUUUAAUUUUAGGAUCAAUAAUUAGAUUAUAUUAUUAUUUAAUUCUAGGGUUCUCUGUAAUUUUAAGGAGUUCUGUUUCUUGAAAAAAAAUGAAUAAAAAAGAAUUUUUUUUUAUUAGCAUAUUUUUAGUAUUAAAUUUAGGAGGUAUUUGUUUUAUUAAUUAUUUGGGAGCUUUAAUUUAG